GAGCGGGAUUUCAGGAGCGCGGCGCCGCAGCCGGGAGCCGGCGGGCCCGAGAGUGACCGAGUCACGGCGGCGCCGGCGGAGCCGCGGCGUCGGACCCGCCUCCUGGAGGAGCUCAGCCCCGGCCAGGCCCGGCCCCCGUCCCGCCCCGCGCCGCCUCCCCGCCGCCGCCGCCGCCGCCGCCGCGGGAGCGCUCUCCUGCCCACCCCGCCCCCGCGGCCGAGCCCGGGAGUCGAGUGGGAUCGGCCGGACGGCGCGGGCAGCGCCGGGACCCCGCGGGGGACACUGCAGCCGGAGCCCGGGAGGGGCCGCGCCGCCGCCGUCUGAACUAGGAUGUCCCGACAUGAAGGUGUCAGCUGUGAUGCAUGUUUAAAAGGAAAUUUCCGAGGUCGCAGAUAUAAGUGUUUAAUUUGCUACGAUUACGAUCUUUGUGCAUCUUGUUAUGAAAGUGGUGCAACAACGACAAGGCAUACAACUGACCACCCAAUGCAGUGUAUAUUAACAAGGGUAGAUUUCGAUUUGUACUAUGGUGGGGAAGCUUUCUCAGUAGAGCAGCCACAGUCUUUUACUUGUCCCUAUUGUGGAAAAAUGGGCUAUACGGAGACAUCUCUUCAAGAACAUGUUACGUCUGAACACGCAGAAACGUCAACAGAAGUGAUUUGUCCUAUAUGUGCAGCAUUACCUGGAGGUGAUCCUAAUCAUGUCACGGAUGACUUUGCAGCUCAUCUUACACUUGAACACAGAGCCCCUAGAGAUUUAGAUGAAUCGAGUGGCGUUCGACAUGUACGUAGAAUGUUUCACCCUGGCCGGGGAUUAGGAGGUCCUCGUGCUCGUAGAUCAAACAUGCACUUUACUAGCAGUUCUACUGGUGGACUUUCUUCUUCUCAGAGUUCAUAUUCUCCAAGCAAUAGGGAAGCCAUGGAUCCCAUAGCUGAGCUUUUAUCUCAGUUAUCAGGAGUGAGACGUUCUGCGGGAGGACAGCUUAAUUCUUCUGGCCCUUCCGCUUCUCAGUUACAACAACUGCAGAUGCAGCUGCAGCUGGAACGGCAGCAUGCCCAGGCAGCCCGGCAGCAACUGGAGACCGCACGCAACGCGAGCCGGCGCACUAACACGGGCAGCGUCACCACUACAGUCACGCAGUCCACAGCAACAACCAACACCGCAAGCACGGAGAGUAACCAGCAAACUGUCCAGAAUUCCCAGUUUCUUUUAACAAGGUUGAACGAUCCUAAAAUGUCCGAAACAGAGCGCCAGUCCCUGGAAAGCGAGCGUGCAGACCGCAGCCUGUUUGUCCAGGAGCUCCUUCUGUCCACUCUGGUGCGCGAGGAGAGCUCCUCCUCGGACGAGGAUGACCGGGGCGAGAUGGCUGAUUUUGGUGCUAUGGGCUGUGUAGAUAUUAUGCCUUUAGAUGUUGCUUUAGAAAACCUAAAUUUAAAAGAGAGUAAUAAAGGAAAUGAGCCUCCACCACCUCCUCUUUGAUGACAUCCCAAUUCGCAGACAAUGUCCUCUGUGCUGUAUUUGCCAAUGAAAGUGGACAACAACUAUCUUGGGUUUGUUUGGUGAUUGUAAUUUCAGGUCUGUCAAUCUUGUUACAUUGUGUACAUUCAAAAGGAAGAGAGAAAAUAUAUAUGAUAAUCAUUUCCACAUAACUAAUUUUUACUUCUAGCAGGUAAAUGUAGGUAGCAGUGCAGGGGUGAUCUCUGCUUCCUGUACCUUGACAUGCAAAAGGCUCUUCUAAUACUCCACAUUCAAACUGAAGAGGAAAAUUGAAAUCUCUAAUGAAGCUGCUGUGUGUAUUUAUGAAUAUUAAUGAAUAAAAACUGCUUGGAUGGUUUACCUUAACUACUGCAUGAGGUUUUUUGCAGCGUGCAUGAGUUUUAGUGACCUUGUUAUUUAAAAAAUUAAAUACAAGGAGUAAAACUUAAACAAAAAUAAAAGCCCAAAGCUUUCCCAAACAUUAUUCAAUGGUUACGCGGCAAAAGAGUUACCUGAUGAAGUAGCUUUUGAAUAAUGUCUGCCCGAAUCACCUUUCUUUGUGUGCCUCCUACGCAUAGAGCCGGCUCUGCAGUGGAAUCUGAGGGUUGUAGCAGGUGUCGCGCUCCGCCCUGUGUGACUGUCCUGUCGCCCUGUUAAUGAUCUUACCCACGUGGAGCUCAGCCUGUCUCGUUAACUCAUCUAUAGAAGACACACCAGUAAAGCUACUGUCGGAAUCUGCUGCAGGGUGCUUGUGUGCCCUGAAAACAAAUCCUGUUCAUAGUUGUUUUGAGUUUUUACUUUUUGUGGUUGUUUAAAUUUUUUUCAAUUGUUAAAUGUUUUAUUUGGGUGUAGAUGAAUUUCAUUUAUUCACUGUUCAACAAAAUUAACCUGAAUUAUGUUGUCUUUGUUCUUGAAAAUCUCACAUUCUCAAUCAUAUUUUGUGUUAUUUAUGUAUGUGCUUCAUGGUUUGCUGAGACAGAUCAGUAUCAGGGGAGCUUUGAGGGUUUGCCUUCCCAGAUUUUGUCGAUACAUUACAACCAAAUUCUUGAUGCUAACUUCAGCACCUUUUAUUUAUUGGGUUUUCUCUGGCAUAAAAAGUAAAGCCUUUUAAUUGAAUCAUGCCACCUAUAUGCCUAUAUUAUUAAUCCUAUGUGUAAAAAAAUGUACAGCUUUUUGGGUUUGUUUUGGGGUUUAGAUGGGCCGGGAUAUUUUUUUAUUUUCUGUUGCAGUUUUUGUGCGUAGACUUUCACAAUAGCUCCAAGGCAGGGACAGCGGAUUUGGGGUUCGGGGGGCAGUUUUUGGAAUGUAAAUUUAGGACUUUUAAAAAAAGGUGCGCACAGCUUCUGAUAAAUUUAUAACUAGACUUAAUCUAAUCAUGUCUCGUUCCAGUUCUCAGUUCUCUGAGCCCUUUUCUCAGUCUCCUUUCCCUCAGCCCUUUUUCUUUCUCGUGUGCGUUUCUCCGUUUCUGCAACAUGACAAGCAUACAGACGCGAGCACCGUCCGGUGUUCUUCCGAGAACUGUGAAGUCCAUGCUCAUCCAAAUGUAACCAAAAAGGAACUCACCCCACAUGUCUAAAAAACUGUUGCUUCUCCUCUGCAACUUAAGACUCCAUCAGUUUCCAGCUAUAAUAGCUUUGUUUUCUUUAAUUUCUGUGACAGAAAAUGUUUCAAGGAGAAUUUUACACCAGGCUUCUAGUUCUACUAGAAGUCAAGUCCAGGAGUGAUUUCUUUUUCUCAAUUGGUUGUUGAAACGUUUCAAAAACCAGUUUUCAAGCUGUGGUCUUUUCAAACACAUCUUCUGCACAUAAGUCACACAUUUCAAUAAAGCAUUUUCAAGACUGUUGACCACUUGAAUUUCUUUGCUGUUGAUGAAUUAGCCUAACCAUUACUCAGAGAUUUUAUAUCUCUAAUCCAGUAAUUUUUUUUUCUUUUCAUGCUAAAAGGUCCUGGUUUUGUGUGAAUGCACUACUUUGGAUAUGAGAAAUAGAAAUUGCCAAUUAUAUGCUUUCCCUUUUCUGCACAAAUGAUGGGAAAAUGUAAGAUCCUUUUUUUUUUUAACGUGGUUUGAGGCAACUGUAAUUUCAUUAGGGCAGUUUAAUUUAGGUGAUGAAUUUAACACUUCAGAAGACUUCAAGUUUCGUAAGCUUCCAUCUCAUGUCGAAUACUGUUAUUAUUUUCUACCAGCUAUUUUACAGAUACCUCACCUCAUCCUGUAUGUAAUCAAUAAUGAUGUAUUAUCUUAGGACAGAAAGACAGACUAUCAAUAUAAAAAAUAUAUUUUAA